GCUCGCGAUGCAUUGCUCGACAACUACCCUGUACUACGACGCCGGUGGAGAGAAAGAGGCGAAGAGUGACCAAGUACUGAAAAGUCUAGUUGCAUAUAUAGUUGGGUGGAGGCUGAUUUUGACAAAAGCAAGGGAGAGGCAUACUUCAGUGAAAUGGAAGACCGAAUCAAACGCAUGGAGUCUGCUCUAAUUACUUCUCGGUUACAUGCGACAACAGAGCCAGUAGAAUGGAAGGAAGAGGAGAAAGAAGAAGAGAAGAGUUCAUCUGAAAGGAUUGAAAGCCAGGCGGAGCUGUCCAACCACCUCUCGAACCUAGUUAUUGAUGCGAGAGGGUCUCCAAACUUCAUCGGCUUGGCCUCUGGAUUUUCAAUUUUUGCUCCACGAGGACUUCGUUGGAUCUCAGAAAAAGUAGGUGAUAAAAAUGAGCUAGCUCAGCUCUUUGACAAAUUGUCGAACUCUGAUUACAGAGACUGGGGUCGCGGCGAUGCAGAUCUCUGGUACCCCACACCGCGGUCGCAGCACUCACCACUUCCCUCGAAGGAUGUUGCUUUACAAUAUGUUAACUGCUUCUUCAUAACUUUCAAUAACUUCUUCCCGAUCCUAAAUCGGACGGUGUUCAAUUCUUACUUCCAACAACAAUACUCUGCAAAUCCUCCAACAAGCAGCGCGUGGUACGCAUUGUUCAAUGGAGUAUUAUGUUUAGGUAGCAGUAGAACAAAACUUCAGCAAGAGGCGCACAUAAGAAGGAGCUGCCUCGUCGAUUAUACAUCAGUCGCUCAGGAGACUGGUGUCGAAUAUUUCCGUAAUGCGAGCUCCUGUUUCCACGACUUAUUUUUCAAAGAGGCCAAUCUAAUGGCAAUGCAAGCCCUGACCAUCAUGCUGUUUAUCGCAACCUCGAGCCCUAAUCCCCAACCAGCCUACGCUAUGACCUCUGCAGUCGGAUGUCUAGUAAAUACUUUGGGCCUACACCGUAAUUCAAGUGGCACCGGCCUUGCUCCCGAGGAGAUUGAACAACGACGGAAUGUCUUCUGGGUGUUCUAUCUAUUGGAGAAAGCAUGUAGCCAUAAUCUAGGCCGACCAUCUGUCAUAAAUGAUGAUGAUAUUGCCGUUGAUUUACCGCCCAAGAAGCCUGGAUUAAUACAGUCCCCCACUGGAGCGAAAGUUUAUGACAUUUUUCAGGAUCAGGUCAGAUUAGCUAUCAUCGGAAGUCGUAUAUACACGGAGUUAUAUUCGGCUAGUGGACAAACCAAGUCAGAAGUGGAUCGCAUGAAAAUUCUUGGCAAACUGGAUAAUCAUCUUCAGCGCUGGCGAGAUUCAAUACCAAUUGAUAUUCGACCAGAGCAUCCAAUCGAGUGCUCAGAUGAGCAAUACGUCUCCGUGGUCAUGAUACACUUCACAUAUUUGGACGCUGUAAUACUGCUACACCGAUGUCCAGGACUUCCAGACUCAUCCAGAGAUGGCAAACCUGCGGGUAUAGCGGACCACGACCCGCGCUCGGUACUGAAUCCCAGAAUCUAUGCCAGCCAGUUGCUAUGUCUUGCUGCAGCACGAAGAACAAUUCGACUACUGGAUACUUUCAGCAGCAACACUAUGCAUAAUCAACAUCUGAUGUGGUUAGCACUUUAUUACCCACUCAGCGCGAGCCUCGUUCUUUUCGCGAAUAUCCUCUCAAACCCACAUGAUCAACAUGCGACUUCAGACAUUGGUUUGAUGAAUUUGAUUAUUUCGUUCAUCGAUCAUUCUGUUCAGCCAGGGACCUCGUUCGCCGCUACUCCGACGAUAAGUAUGUGCAAAGAGCUCUACAGUAUCGCCACACGUGUCGUGGCAAGAGUACCCCCACAAUCGAGUCGGAGGAUGAAGAGGAUACCUGAAAGCGAUGACCUUGUGCAACCAGAUUUCAUCUCACCAUCUCAGGGAUCGGAUAGGUCUCUAUUCUCCAACUUCAACACACAAACCACGACACCAAUAACACACCCCGAGACCGACAUACCUUCCACAAUAUCCAGCGGUCAGCAAAUUCUCCAAGAAGACCAAGAAAGCACCACCAGUGGUAAGCACUCUCAGGCAUCUACUGGCGACAGCCCCCUCGACUUCGCGCCAUUUAUCCAAGCCCCACCGAGUCAGUUCGACUACGAUCCGACAAUAUACGAUCCGCUACUUUCGCAGACCAGCUUUAAUUGGGACAUGGACGACAUGUGGAGCUUUGCACCUGAUCCAUGGGCGUCGGAAGAUCUGAUGGGGUUGCCGACUGAUGUCAGCAUGAAUUAUCCUUCUUGACAUAGAUCUACUGAGGCUGUAGUUGGAGAAAAGCUGGUCUCUUCAGCUGAAGCCUUGUCGAUUGAGUCUUCCGAACCAGCUUCGAAUGGGAGGGAGUUCUGCAUCUCUAGUAUUUUACGUUUUGACUGCCACGUCUUGAACAAAAGCGCAUAACUCGAAGCUUCCGUUCCUGAUUCCGUCGCUGAUACGACUCGUUCGCCCCUUGCAUCACUAAUCCAGUCAAGGGCGGAUACCUUGAUAUGAAGUGAAGACGCGGAGCAGAAGAGCGGAAAUAUUGCCUCCACGAGAUCUAGGACAGCCU